AUUCCCACCUGGAAAGUCACCAUGCCCGGCAUGUUCAGGGACGUGAUUGUUCUAGCUGUCUCCUACCCUGCGCCACCUAGUAACUUUGACUACGAGGCCUACCUUCCUCCAUACAUCGCGCCUCCCACUGAGGCUGCGCCGUCAUACGAGGUUACCAAACGGUUAUCAGGUCUCCAGGGGGAUGGUAAAUUCGGCGACAUUCCACUCUAUGAAGACGCCAAGGAGAUCGCAGUGUAGAAUAGCAACAACAGAUACUAUAGCUAGCGUCAUAAAACUUAGAAUGCAGGUCAUUCUCGAUGAUAUUGAUCGUGGGAAAUAUGAUACUUCGGUCGAGAACUUCGAAGCUCAAGCAAGUCUCCUGAGGUCCUUCCUCCGACAGUAGCUCGUGCAAUGACGAUCUAUAGCUUAUAUAUCUACGAUAGACACUGCGCAUGUGUUUACUAUCAGGACUGGCACCGAACCAAGCCGCCAAAGCGAGCCGGAGAAGGAGGUGGCAUUUUAAAUGCUGUCUCCCAAGCUGUUUCCCCGCUUGCGCCAGACAGUGCAGCUCCUACCCCAUCAGCAUUUAGCAGUCCCCGAAAUACGCUGUCUUCGACAUCGGGAUUGGUUGUUGCUGUGGGCGAGGAUCCUGUAACGCCUUUACAAAUCCCGACUGAGCAUGCAAGGUCAAAUAUCCUUCCUUUUGAUGAAGAGGCAAAGCUAGUAUAUGGCGUCAUCCUGUCGCUCAGGAACAUGGUCAGAAAGAUCUCCGGAAGAGACGAGCAGUUUACCAGCUACCGCACAUCGGUAUACAGGCUUCACUUGUAUGAAACCGUAUCUGGCUACAAGUUCGUCAUGUUGAGCGACGCAGCUACUGACGGUCUUCGCUUCGUCCUUCGUCAAAUCUAUAGCGGCCCUUUCCUCGACUUCGUUGUCCGCAACCCUCUCGUCUCGAUGGACUCUCGUUCUCAGGGUAUCGACAAUGAUUAUUUCCGUGCUAGUAUCGAUCGUCUUGUCCGUGGACUCUCAGUUUUUAAUUGAUCAUGAUCCGAAAACGGCUCACUCUAUCAAUAUCUACAUAACAUACCAUAAUCAAGAUG